AUGGGGAUAGCUGAUGAAGAAUACACAUGUUGCAGCGGACGUGGCGUUCCUGUUUCUGACAAUGAUUCUAGGCUGUACGAUGGUGAAGAUGAGUUAAAAUCUGUUCUUCAAGAGAGGCAGAUGGAGAUGGAUUUUAAUGACUUCGAAGAUGAUAGCGAAGGAGAAGAGACUGACAAGGAUGAGAAGGAAAGUUUUAUGGAAUCCUACUCUGGAACAAUGAAUGAGGAGAUUAAGAACUCAACUCGUGAGAAGAGUUUUGAACAUGUGAAUCAACAUUCAUAUAAGCAAGACGGGGAUGAAUUUACACCAAGUGAUGCAGAUUUCAACCUGGUUAAAAACCUACUUGAGUCCUACUCUUCACAACAAGGACUUUCUGGUCCUGCUUCCAAUUCACUCGGCCUCAGGCGUUUACAACUCCAAAAGAUUCCAACGAGAAAUAAUGAAACGAAGUUUUGUCUCUGA